GGCGGCCCCGGGCGCGAUCCAGCCCAGGUAGCCGCUCCGCAGGCUCGGGGCGCCGCGACCCCGUGCCCCGCCGCGCCUUGGGCUCCCCCGGGGACAGCGGCUGGCAGGCACUCCCGGCUGCUGCUACUGCUCAAACAAGGAGGAGUGAUUACUGUUCUAAAGUGGACUUUGGAGGCAGAGCCAUCAGGCCAUGUAAACUUCUCUGAAACGAAGAGUUGAUUAGAAGCUGUACUUGGUGAUCAUCUUGACUCGUGGAGCUGCCGUGGGAAGCAGGAUGGAAGCAAGGCAAGGAAAUCAGCUGAUGCAGGAGCCAGAGUGAGUCGAGGAAGCCCGCAAACCCAGCCAGUACCAUGAGCUCGCGUCUCCCCUCUGCGCUGUAGGAGCCUGGGGCAGGUGAAGUCGGCAGAAAGCAAUGGCUUUCUUCACUCCGUGGAAGCUGUCCUCUCAGAAGCUGGGCUUCUUCCUCGUGACUUUCGGCUUUAUUUGGGGUAUGAUGCUCUUGCAUUUUACCAUCCAGCAGCGAACUCAGCCUGAGAGCAGCUCCAUGCUCCGGGAGCAGAUCCUGGACCUCAGCAAGAGGUACAUCAAGGCACUGGCCGAAGAAAACAGGAACGUGGUGGAUGGACCCUAUGCGGGGGUCAUGACGGCCUAUGAUCUGAAGAAGACGCUUGCUGUGUUGCUGGAUAACAUUUUGCAGCGCAUUGGCAAGUUGGAGUCAAAGGUGGACAACCUCGUAAGCAAUGGCACAGGGACAAACUUGACCAACUCCACCACACCUGUUCCCAGCUUACUUGAGAAAAUUAAUGUGGCAGAUAUCAUUAAUGGAGCUCAAGAAAAAUGCAUAUUGCCUCCUAUGGAUGGCUACCCCCAUUGCGAGGGGAAAAUCAAGUGGAUGAAAAAUAUGUGGCGCUCGGAUCCCUGCUACGCAGAAUAUGGAGUGGAUGGGUCCACCUGCUCUUUUUUUAUUUACCUCAGUGAGGUUGAAAAUUGGUGUCCCCAUUUACCUUGGAGAGCGAAAAAUCCCUACGAAGAAGCUGAUCGUAACUCACUGGCAGAAAUUCGUACAGAUGUUAAUAUUCUCUACAGUAUGAUGAAAAAGCAUGAAGAAUUCCGAUGGAUGAGACUGCGGAUCCGGAGAAUGGCUGAUGCGUGGAUCCAAGCAAUCAAGUCCUUGGCAAUGAAGCAGAAUCUUGAGAAGAGAAAGCGGAAGAAAGUCCUUGUUCACCUGGGCCUCCUGACUAAGGAAUCUGGAUUUAAGAUUGCAGAGACAGCUUUCAGUGGUGGCCCUCUUGGUGAAUUAGUUCAGUGGAGUGAUUUAAUUACGUCUCUGUACUUACUGGGCCAUGACAUUAGGAUUUCAGCUUCACUGGCAGAGCUCAAGGAAAUAAUGAAGAAGGUUGUUGGAAACCGAUCUGGCUGCCCAACUGUAGGAGAUCGAAUCGUUGAGCUCAUUUAUAUUGAUAUUGUAGGACUCGCUCAAUUCAAGAAAACUCUUGGACCAUCCUGGGUUCAUUACCAGUGCAUGCUCCGAAUCCUGGACUCAUUUGGCACAGAGCCAGAGUUCAACCAUGCCAACUAUGCCCAGUUGAAAGGCCACAAGACUCCCUGGGGCAAGUGGAAUCUGAACCCACAGCAGUUUUACACUAUGUUCCCUCACACUCCAGACAACAGCUUCCUGGGCUUUGUGGUCGAGCAGCACUUGAACUCCAGCGACAUCCACCACAUCAACGAAAUCAAGAGGCAGAACCAGUCACUUGUGUAUGGCAAAGUGGACAGCUUCUGGAAAAAUAAGAAGGUCUACUUGGACAUCAUCCACACAUACACGGAAGUACACGCGACUGUUCACGGCUCCAGCACGAAGAACAUUCCCAGUUACGUGAAAAACCAUGGGAUCCUCAGUGGACGUGACUUGCAGUUUCUUCUCCGAGAAACCAAGCUGUUUGUUGGGCUUGGGUUCCCGUACGAGGGCCCAGCUCCCCUGGAGGCCAUUGCAAAUGGAUGUGCUUUUCUGAAUCCCAAGUUCAACCCACCCAAAAGCAGCAAAAACACAGACUUUUUCAUUGGCAAGCCAACUCUGAGAGAGCUGACGUCACAGCAUCCUUAUGCUGAAGUUUUCAUCGGCCGGCCACAUGUUUGGACCGUUGACCUUGGCAAUCAGGAGGAGGUCGAGGAUGCCGUGAAAGCGAUUUUAAGUCAGAAGAUUGAGCCAUACAUGCCGUAUGAAUUCACAUGCGAAGGGAUGCUACAGAGAAUCAAUGCUUUCAUCGAAAAACAGGACUUCUGCCACGGGCAAGUGAUGUGGCCGCCCCUGAGUGCCCUGCAGGUAAAAUUUGCCGAGCCCGGGCAGUCCUGCAAGCAAGUCUGUCAGGAGAACCAGCUCAUCUGUGAGCCGUCCUUCUUCCAGCAUCUCAACAAGGACAAGGACCUGCUGAAGUACGAGGUGAACUGCCAAAGCUCAGAGCUGGCCAAGGACAUCGUGGCACCCUCCUUCGAUCCCAAGAACAAGCACUGUGUGUUUCAAGGCGACCUCCUGCUGUUCAGCUGUGCCGGCGCCCACGCCCACCACCGGAGGAUCUGCCCCUGCCGGGACUUCAUCAAGGGCCAGGUGGCUCUCUGUAAAGACUGUCUAUAGCGGCCGCCACUCCACCCGCGCCCAUGCUCUGCGGGGGGAAGUCAGUGGCUCCAGCCCCACCAGGAUGGGGCGGGGACACAGACGCCAUUCAGGGACUCUCCCCAGAGCCUGAACGUUUUGGUGGAAGGUCUCGAUUUGGUACUGGUCCCGCUGCAGUUACAGCCACUCAGCGGAGCUCUCACCAAAACAAAACGAGAGCCAACCUCAGGCCGGGAACCUGGCUUCUCCCUGGCACAACUUCGUCUUUAAUUUUGGAGGAGCUACAGUAGGGAGACUGUGCAGCUGCUCCAGGGUGAAAAAAGAGAAUCUCAAUAUUCGUUCAAACGAAACAAAACCAGAGGAGGAAUCAAGCUAGUUGGAAAGAACUUCCUACGGGAACAUUCCUAAACCCAUUAAUUUAUUUAUUUGGGAGGGAGGGAGGGGGAGCUGGGGAGGGCAAAGCGGGAUUGAUUGCGCGUCUUGCUACUUCUCUGAUUUUCCUCUGCUGGCCAUCCCUCUUCACUAUAACAUGACUGUUGUCUGCUUUGGGCAGAGUGCGCUCUGGGGCUGGUGGCAUGAUUAAGGGCAACUGUGGCUACCUAGCUCCUCAAGGUGGAUGGUGGCAGAAGAAAAGAAAUUCCUUGUGCUUAGCAGGUGGCAGAGGCCAGGGGAUAGGCACCCCCUGGUUGUCCGGGGAAAUGCCUGUGUGGUCCAGAGAGCCCAGCAGGGGCCAGAGAUGGGCUGCUUUGCAGUGACAGGCUCCUUUCGUCUGUUCCAUCCCUCCCCCGCGGUGGAACACACCCCCACACAGCUUGGCUGUCAUUUCUGGUUAGAAUUACAAGCUACCCUUGCACUUGGAGGUGGUGCCCUUUACCCCCUUGAGAAAGGGGUGUCUUUGAACUGCGAUUUGGACAGGAGCAAAGCUGGUCCCUAAGAACUAGUAGCACCACCUGAGCUGGGCUUGUGUCAUAUUCACUCGGUCCGAUGUCACCGAAGUCCAGGGGAUGUUGGCUGGGGGAGCAAGGGCAGGCCAGGAUGAAUGUGCACUGUCUUGGCUGCUGACUGUGAGUGUGGGUGUGGUUUGCAAGGGGUAGGAAUCUGAUACUGGCUUUUACUCCAGGCAGAAAUACUGGGGAGGAGGGUGUUGAACUGGUCAGCAGGUUGGACCAAACCCUGGAGCCCCCGCGCUCUGCUCUUGUGCAAGUUCCCCCAGCCCCUUCCCACUCUCCUCCCCCCACGCCGUGCUUCAGUGCUUUGCGCAUGCACGUGUGUGCGUGCGUGUGUGUGUGUCCUGUGAUGCCCCUGGCAUCUCCGUGCUGGUAAAAGUGAGCUCCCUUCUCUCUCUGGCAGAAUGUCCCCCUGGAAAGCUGUCCCGUGAGCCACCCAGCCCUCAGUGAAGAUUCUGAGUGGCUUGGUUGCUGAGCAGAAAAGCUGGACACGGCUAGUGGCUGGGUGGGCCUUCGGGACGCAAGGUUCAGGUUAGAAUUCUCAAGUCUGAGGCCCACCCAGGAGGAGUGUGGGGCUGUGAGGGAUGGGAGGUUAGAUUCCACCCACUCCUCGAUUCUUCUUCCUGGGUAUAAAAUUAAUAUCAAAUGCACAGCCGGCCUUCUUUCCUUAGACUAACCUCAGUGGAUCUUAGAGAAUGGAGUGGGGGAGUUAGGGCAGCCAGGGUCUCCCCCACCCCAUAGGUGGCCCCCGAGUUACCUGUGCCAGGGAGAAUUCUGAUGGGGAAACCUCCGCGCUGAGCAGGGAUGCCAGGGCCCACCCCUCACAAACUGGCUGAGCAUAGAAACAAGGGCAGAAGUCGAAAGGAAACUGGGCAAGAGGCUGUGAGUGCCCGUGUGCUUCUGAGUGCUUUGCGAGGACAGUUUCCUGCCGGGGGAGGAAACAGCUGUCAUCCCUGCUGUUGGGAACCGUUUCCUACGGACGGGCCUCCUGGCUGCAGCCUUCCUAGAGGGAAUUCGCUUUAGUGCCCAGACCUGCAGUUCCUGGGCCAGCACUGCCCUCUCCUGGGCCCUUCUGGCCGUUUCUGGUGCUGAGGAGGUGCGUGCCUGUGUUUGACCAGCAGGGGGACCCUGCGGGCCGAGGCCAGUUUCCCACGCUUUGCCAGACUCACCCAUCUGGCAGAGAUCCGUUAGAACAAGCCCGGGAACUCUGAAAGCAAAGGAGGCUGGAAAGCCCGGUUCUCAGAAACACGCUGUGCCGGCCUUGUGUUCCAGAAGCUGCAGCGAUCGUUUGCCGGCUGCCCCUGGGCUCAGGGACUCUGUCUCCUCCACGCCAGGACCCUCGGUCAGGCAGCCCAGGGAGCAAGCACUUCACCACCUUAAGAUCCUUCUUGCUCCCCCCAUCCCAGAACUGACCAGGAGUAAGCCAGAGUUCUGCUCCCCCAGGGUGGGGUGACAUGGCUGCUGCUCCUGGUGCAAAGAAACCCACACUCCAGUUGUUGAGGGCAGAGAGGGCGACACCAAAUGUAUACUGGUUCCCAGGCCUCCACAGACUUGGCCCGAGUCUGGUCAGUGACCCCAGAGGACAUUAGGGUGGGGCCUCCAUCUGCCCUGUGCAAGAAGGGCUGCGAUUCCUGCCUGCUCUGGGAGAAGACGGCGCCUUUCAGGGUGUGGGCUAGAAGCCUUGGGUGGUUUUGCCAGUGCCAAUCUUGAUAGAAUCCUGAACCACCUUGUAAUUGAUGACAGUUCCACAGGGAGAGAUCUCCCCAGUCAGGACUAGCAUCUUCCUGUGCUCUGAGCAUCUCUCACCUCUUUACCUGGUUUUUAAGUUUUUUGUACAUUUUUUCCUAAAAGUUUGGAUUUAUUUUUCCUCCACUGUGAUCCUAAGUUCUUAAAAAACUUGAGGGAAAAGGUUUAAUUUAUUAAAGGAGAGAAAGCUUUCCUUUGAAAUGUAAACACUUUCAGGAGUAAAAAUUCCUGAAAGGGAAAACACACUUCUCAUGCCAGUAAACACCUCAUUUAUUUCUGGUAUGCAGUUUGAUUUGCACAUGCACAAUUGGAGAAGCUUUUCACGUUUUUGCUUAGAUUGGGUUUUUGACUUUGUGUUUGCUGUAUGUUUGUAAGUAUUAAGCCAUCUUUUCUUUGGUGAUAUUUAUUGUUUCUCUGAGGUGCCUUCUCACUUUUCUUUGGGAUUGGUUUUUGGAAUCUGGUGUUGGUAUUUGGAAUCCGGGUUUUGUUGAAGGAAGCUAGCAGACUCCUCCAGCUUGGAGAUAGAUAGGACCUGUCCUUGUGAGAUAGGGCAACCCAGGUUGGACGCCAGACAUGCCCUCCAAGCUCCCCAGGUCACAGCAUAUGUGUGCAGACACCCCCAUGCAGCCACGAGGGCCCCAAGAAGAGGGCUGACUUCCUCCAGACCGACCUUCACCCUCCCAGGCUGCUUGUCCAGGUCUCUGGGUUUGUCUGGAGACAGAUGGUUGACAGGUGCCACCCUGGGGCUUGGUGGAGGGUGGCGGGGGCAGAGAACCAACCCUGUGUGAGGGCUUGCUGUGUAGGGAAGCAGGCCCUGCUGGGCUCAUUGGAAGCACUGGCCCCAAAUCAUUCUAUCUCCCUAGCAGGAUGAAGGGGAAAUAAUAUGCACCCCCUGUUUUUAUUUCCUUGGCAGACGUCAGCCUCCCAGUAAGCUCCCUUGGUGCCCCAGUGUAGCUCACUGGUGGUAAAACUGUGAUUGUGAGCAGUUAGGCAGAAACUGUGCUGUUAUGGGCGGGUUAGUGCUUUUUAGACCAGGCCAAUCAGACCACCCCCUCCCUGGGAUGGUUUCCCUACUAGAUGAUAUAUACAUAAUUGGGAUAUUGCCACCCUCUCCCACGCCCACCACCCUCCCUACCCUCCCCCACACCCCACACCCCACACCAAUUCUUGAUUUUAAAAAAAGCUCUAUUAACGACAGGCUGUGGUUGUGUUACUCUCCCAAGCCUGGAAUGUUUUAUUUAUUGAAGAAUAUUUUCAUUUCCACAUUGGUUUCAUUCUAAUCCCGCCCAUCCCCUAGGCUGCAGAGCAUCUUCAUGUGAAGAGAUGGACCGAUGUCAAGAGAUACAGGCUGCUCUAGGAAGGUGGGAGUUGCCUAAAGCGGAGGGUGGGUUCUUUUCCUUCUUGUUGGCUUCAACAAAAAAAUGGAAAACCCAAGUUUAUAUGGCAAAAGGCCAAAUUAGCUGUCUAGUGUCAGAUGCAGAAAAAAAAAAAAAAAAAAUUACCCUAGCUUUCUUAGCACUUAGGGGUUUUGUGAGGAUUCAGUGUUUAGCAAUGUCUGGCAUAUAGUAAGUCCUAGUAAAUGUUAAAUAUUGUUGUUUUUCACAUUUUAUAAAAGUUGAGGGAAAAAAAGAGCUGAGCUCACUUCCUAUCAUUGAUUCCUGUAGGUGCAGGAAGAUACUCCAAGUUGAUAGAAUGUUGUAGGAAUUACAGGUUUAAGAUGCCCAAGUCCUGUGUCCACCCUGCUGGCUAAAAUGGUACUGUGUCCCUGAAUGCACUGACUGAUUUGAAAAUAUGCCUGACUUCAGCCCCAGGUGGAACUGGGCUGCAAGAAUUAGUCAGCUUGACCUAAGAGUGUGGCCACAUGCCAGACCCCACCCCACUGACAUCUUCUGGACCCUUCCAGGGUGUGUGCAGAACUUUUUGAGCUGGAAAUUAAAUCCUCUGACAGACUGUUCCCUUAAAGUUACCCAUCUUCCUCUGAAAUGCAAUAAUAGAGGUGUUUCUGUUUUUUUAUUUAAGGGAAAAGGAAUGACCUCUUGAACGCACUCAUUCCCCGGGAAGUCCCUUGGCUGCCCCCUGCUGGCCAGGGUGGCUUCUCCAGAGUCCAGUCCAAGAGAAUCAGACUCCCAGGCUGGUUAGUUGUUAUGUUUCUAUCAAAUUAAAGGUUAGUUUUGUGGCGAGAGCGAGGGCUCUUCAGAACUCCAAGAGGCUGCUCCUAGCUUAGUGAUGUUUUUCCAAAUCACCUGAAUGUCAGUUGGCUUUUUUUUUGCGGGGGCGGAGUUGGUGUCAGCCUCUUACUUCCCUAGAUAGGCUCAGCUUUUAUCUCCUCUCCUAUUUUGGCGCUAUUCUGGAUAGACUGCAUUUGUGGAAAAUGGAGGAAUUUGUUGGUGUCUUUUUAAGAUCUUUUGCAUUCUCUUAGCUCCAUCAGCAGUCUUACAUGUCUGUGGAUGUCAGAUUGGCGUGCACCUUCUUCAAAGCAUUUCCUCGAUUUUCCCCAGAUCUUGUGGAGCCUUUAGAUGACCCCCUAGCCCCCCUGCAGCUGGUGAGGCAGGGCAGAGGGACAGAGGGCAGCUGUGUGCUCAGGUGGGGCACAGGGCCCUGUGUUUGGGGAGUCGGCGGGGGGCGGGGGGGGGGGGGGGUGUGGUCCUGGGUGCUCAGACCACUUGCAGGAGGUCUCCCUGGGACAGCCGGACAGGAAGCUAGCGCAGUCAGCCACCUCUGCCCAAGCUGAGUUCGCGCAAACUUAGGGAGCGUUUGCUCCCUGUCCAGGCCAGGUAUGAACAGAACAAAUGCGGGUGGGACAACCGAUGCCAAAGGAGAUGGUGACAUCUUUUCUGCUGUAGUUGCUGUCCCAAGCUCAGUGUCUAUAAGCUAACGGCCAUGCGCGUCUGUGUCUUCAGCCAGCUCCUGGUACAGCCGUUUUCUACCGUCCACCCGGGUUAAGUCAGGCAAGGCUCUGCCAAUAAGGUGUGGCUGUCACAUGUACUGUACGGGCGUAGAGAGCACUGCUUCGUUUUCCACUGUCGUAGAGAAAACUAGGGAGAACUUUAUUUUUCAAUAAACUUUUCUUGUGUGA